AUGGUAAGAGAUCCCAUUUUCCUGUUGGCCUUCCUGAACACCAUGGAAUUCCGACCCGCUGUGGCUGAUGUUUGUGUGAACGAUGCUCUGGUGCUGGAUUUAGUCCUGGUGGCCGUGGUGAAAGGGCUUGUGAGGAGAAGACGUCCCACUUACAACAAGAUGGACAUGUUUAUCACCAUCUCAGUGGACAAAUACUCCUUCCCAUCAGGCCAUGCUACCCGAGCGGCCAUGGUGUGCAGAUUCGUCCUGCACCACUUGGUGCUUGCCAUUCCUCUGCGGGUCCUGGUGGUUCUGUGGGCCGUCAUUGUGGGCAUCUCCAGAGUCAUGCUGGGUAGACACAACGUGUCAGACGUGGUCUUUGGCUUCUUCAUGGGUUACAUGCAGUACAGUGUGGUGAAAUACUUCUGGCUUUCACCCCUCAGCGCACCUGCUCUCUUUGCAGUGUGGAACCAGUGAUGGCCCUCAUGAAAAGGACGAGGUGCACACACUGCAGAGUCCUGUCCUGCGCAGAGAGUGUGAACUGGGGCUGGUGAAAGGAUCAUCACCCUCAUCUGAUCAGCGGGGCUGAUGGUAUCCGCAACAUCAUGCUUCAUUCUGCGCGAUACCUGGGCUGCGGGUGGGACGCAGUGAGAUCUGAGGGACAGCUAUUCUCGGGGCCAUCCUGCUUUCAGUGUGCUGCUGGGUCGAAGCACGUACCAGCCCGUAUGGCUGCUCUGACCAUUCCAUGAUGCAAUUGCUCCAUAUCUCCAGGUGGUGCUACCAGAGGGAGACGUGCACACAGGCCAAGCUGCUAAUUCUUUUUUCCUGGUACUUAACAUGCAUCAGUAAGAUCUGGGGUUCAAAGAAAUCCCAUGAAUCAGCAUACAGCACAGGAUGCCUGUUGUGCAGCCGGCUCAUCUAGCUUAAACAGUAGGCAUGCCUUCUUACAAAUAUUGUCAUGUGGUUACUUGCUGAAAACCGUCCCUGUGUGCUGUCAAUAUACUGACCGGUGCCCUUGUGGCUGAUUAGCCGUGGGACUGCCCCCUAGCGGCCACAGUACGUUAUGCUAACGUGAGGGCAGUCACACAUGGGUUCUGCUCUCUUGUGGGUGCCCUUCUGUUGCUGCCUCUUCUAUCACUUUGAGAUGACCAAGGUUCUCUACAUUGAUUCUUUCUCCUUUUGAAGCACCUUGCCUCUCACUUGCCCGUCACAUUCCAGUUAUAGAGCCUCCUGCCAAGUGGGUGGCUUGCCGGAAAGGUGAAGGCGUCUGGUUUGGAAUACCUUGGGAGCCGGCAGUUUGAGGGGAGGAGAUGCCCGAACAGGGCUGUGGAAGGAGUUCACUGGGCGGUGGGUUGUCUCUACCAGCUCUCCUCUAGUCGGGGUGCGGUUUGUCACUGCAAACUGGCCAAGAUUCUCCUAGCAGUGGGGCAAGCAGAGCCCCCUUUCCCAAUCUGUCAUCCGAGCAGGGUGCUCCCGCACGGUUACUCCCCCUGCUUUUCUGCCGAAAGCCAGACAACAUGCAAACAGUUAAUGCCAUAUGAGGACACGUGAGGUCGACUUUUUAGGUCUUUCAAAAUAAGUAAGCUCCAUGGAGAUCCUGAACUGAGGUAUGUAGGCCUCAGUUCGGCAAGAGACUUCAGUAUGUCCCAUUGAUUUCCAUGAGAUGAUUCCUGGUCUUAAACCGGAGCACAUUGGCUAUAGCCCUGCUGUUCACUACAGAAAAAUGCAAUCCAAGUGACAGUAGAAGUGAUGUGUGCCCAACUGUAUUGCAGCGUUUUUCUCCCUUCUGUGAUGGUUACAAAUGGAGCUGUACGCUUGGUGAGACAAAUGGGAAAGAACAAAAAUGUCGUGUAGAACGGUGAUGAAAAGGAAAACGACAAGUUUCCAAAGAGGCAGAAAAUAAAUUAUUUAGCUAGAGCAAAGGGGGAGGAAGUUCCCCUGGGCCUGACGGAUCUCCAAGAAGGAAAAACAGGUUCUUUGCAUGACGAGAGAGGUAGAAAUUCCCUCUUUUGGGAUUGUCGAGGGAAGGCACGGUGUCUGAACUGUAAAGAGAUUGUAGAACUACUUGAGAAAUUACAUUUGUGGGCAUAUUGUGUUCAUGGAAGAGUUCUGGCUGAAAGAGAAAACUGUUAGCUUAAAAACGAAGUGCCAUGCAAUGUACUGUACCCUUAAGUGUUCCCUGUAAGCUGUGUGCCUGUGAGGCCGCUCAGGAGGGAUUCAGGUGCCCCCAAGGUGAUUAGUGGAAUUCUUGGUUUUGUUUCUGCUGGUGGUGCAUAUUCACACACAUGUCGGUGCACAUAGAAAAAUGCAUUCCGCGCAUGGAUGAAAUGUUGAUUCUUAAUACCAAUUACUGUACCAGGAGUACUAAUGAUCUCUUCCAGUAUGGCAAGUCCUGUUUCCCUACGGUGCUGAGAGAUGUGCAGAUGACAGAAGGGAUAUUAAAGUAAAAAUAACACAUCUGGGAUCCAGCUUUCGUUCUUCCGGGACACUGGUUGUGUGGCUUUGUAGGAAUGUGUGGAGAACUGUCUUGUGCUUAUAAAUCUACUAGGAGAUUU